AUGGCAUCACAGAGUCUCUUUGUCUCCCUCUGUCUCUGGGGUUUCUGUCCCCUGCUUGCUGCCAAGCUGGAUUUCCUGCAAGUGAAGCAUCUGAAGAGGAAGAGGAAGAGCAACUACAGCGUGAGAGAAACACAAACACUCAUCAGGGAAAUCCACAAGAGGACUGACGUGUUGUUCUCCAGACAGCAGAACACCGCCAUUAACGAGCUGAAGAGACAGGCCUGGGAGGAAGUGGCUCAAGGUGUUAAUUCACUGGGGGAGGGGGAGCUGCGCACUGCCGCUGAGGUGAAGCGCCGAUACCUGGACUGGCGUGCACUGGUGAAGAGAAAACAGCUUCGGGCGGAGCCCUCUUUCCCCUCCUCCUCCUCGUCGUCUGCCGCCCCGAAGACUGAGUACGACCAGUCCUCCUCUGAGCAUGAGGCGGCUUCCUUGGGAUCCGGGUGCGACCAGCUGCUCGACCUCUCGUGCCUCUCGAAGGAUUGUCACUGCGACUGGCCGGAGCUGGCGUCUCUCGGCGAGCCGAAUGGGCAGGCCGCGGGUGCACCUCCGGGGGUGAAGAUGGAGGACGAUGUCAGUGAAUACAGACUGGACGCUGAUGGCGACAUGGGAGACGAAGAAUUAGACGAAGACGAUAUUCCCUCCCUCCUCGACGACAUUGAGUCCCACGGGGACGUCUACCCCCACCACCACUUGGACACGCUGGGCUCCUCAAAGGCUCCGACCUCGACCACCAGCAGAGGACUCCAGGCCGGCCCGACGGCGACGCCGGGCCACGCCGCGGCUGCACAGAGCCACCACGACAGCCCCGGGACGGGCCUCCUGGUUGCCUUCGAGAGACAGCGACUGGAGCUGGAAAAACAGCGCCUGGCCGUGGAGACCGAGCGCCUGGCGGUGGAGAAGGAGCGCCUGGCGGUGGAGAAGGAGCGACUCCGCCAGAUGGAGGUGGACCGGGAAAGGCUGCAGCUGGAGAGAGAGCGGUUGCAGAUAGAGAGGGAACGGCUGAGACUUCUGCUGCUCGGCCAAUCAGAGCAGGUCAACUCCUCUUUUUACGUCCCGCCGCAACAGUGCCCGCCUUCCUCCUCCACGUCUUCCUUAACUACCGGUCAUGAAGGCCAGAGGGAGAGGGAUAGAGAAGGUAAAGGCUGGAUGCCCGUAGUGGAUCUGGAGACGGAGAGGAUAAGACUAGAGAAGGAGAGGCUGCAUCUUGAGAAAGAGAGGCUGCAGUUUUUUAAGUUUGAGGCAGGCAGACUUCAGAUUGAGAGAGAACGCCUCCAAGUGGAGAAAGAGAGAAUGCAGCUGCACAAAGACCAUCAGGGCCACUGAGAGGAGGACCAUUUGAAAGAGAGAGAAGAAUACGCGAGUUACGAGGACAAUGACCACCAUGAUGAUGAGGAUGCUGCAAUCAUCACCUUCAUCACCAUCACCAUCAUCAUCAUGAUCAAUUAA